AAAUAGUCAAAUACAAAAACGACGUCUUUUUAAUUUGAGAGAAAACCGACGUUUUCUUUCCCACUUCUUCUUCUCCUUAUUUCAUCCCCUCAAACUCUCUCUCUCUCCUCCUCCACCGCGCUCUGCUUAUUUCAUUUUUUUUCUCUCCUUGAUCCACAAACCCUAACAUCUGACAUCUCUCGAAAUUUUUUCCAACAAUGUCGCAUUUCUCUUGCUGAUUUUCAGAAAAUCAUGUAUUAUUUUUUCGGAUUUCGGCUCUGUUUGUGAGUUUUUGAUUUCGACUUCACUUUUUGUGUUGCUUUUGAUUCAAUUCAUUGAUUGAGAAUUUAUGUUGAAUUGAUACUUUUUUGCCCGUUUGACUUGUUGAUUUGCUUGAUGGAUCUUUAUGUAUUUGAAAUUUGAGUAAGUUUUGAUUGGUAAUUUUGGUGAUCUGUUUGUGAUCUGAUCGUUGAAUUAGUUGAAUUUUUUGAAUUUGUUUUUGUUCUCUUAAAAUGACGGUUGAUAGUGCGCUUAAGAUUGAAGGAGAAGAGAAGCAUGGUUUGGAGGUGAAGAGUUCAUGUGAGGAUCUACCUCUGACGAAUGUCGGUGGAGGUGGAACUAGUUUUGAGUGCAAUGGUGGUGAUGGAAAGGAUGAUUAUGUAUUUGUUAAUGGUAGUGAUGUUGCUUUGGAUAAUCAUGGAGAAGUCGAAGGGAAUGAUGUUGCUCCGUGUCAAGGCAAAUUGGAAGGCGGUGAUCAAUUGGAUAUUAGCAAUCGUAAAUUAAAUAAUGGUGGUGAAUUGGAGACCGAGGCCAGUGUUUCCGUAGAAGAGGAGAGUGAGGGCGGUGAGCUGGUAAAGGUGAAUGGAGAGAUCAAGUUGGAUAAUGAGAAGGAAAUUCAGAAUGAUGAAUUGGCAGAUGAGACUGAUGAUGGAAAUACUGUUGAUGUUAAUGAUAGAGGUUCAGAGGUAGUGGAGGACAGUUGUCUAAAGUUGAAUGGGGAGAUCCAGUCGGAGAAUGAGAACAAAAUUGAGAAUGAUGAAUUGGCAGAUGAGACUGGUGAUGGGAAUAGUGUUGAUGUUAAUGAUAGAGUUUUGGAAGUAGUGGAGGAAAGUUGUCUAAAGGUGAAUGGAGAGAUCAAGUCGGAGAAUGAGAACAAAAUUGAGGAUGAUGAAUUGGUAGAUGAGACUGGUGAUGGGAAUAGUGUUGAUUUUAAUGAUAGAGAUUUGAAAGUAGUGGAGGAAAGUUGUCUAAAGGUGAAUGGAGAAAUCAAGUCGGAGAGUGAGGAAAAAAUCGAGGAUGGGGAAAUGGCAGUUGAGAGUGGUGACAAGAAUAAUGUUGAUAGUGAGUUUGAUGAUAAGGAUAGAGGUUUGGGAGUAGUGGAGGAAAGAUGUGUAGAGUUUGUUGAGGAUGAGGUCAAGGAUGGGGGAUUUGGUGUUGUGAAAGGAGAUGAGGAUAAUACAUUCGUUGGUGGCAUUUGUCAUCCUUCGUUAGAUGAUGAUGAUAAAAAUAGGAAGUUGCUUGUUGUAGAUGGAUCUGAUAAGGUGCAAAACGGGAUUAUAGUUAAAGAACCUGAGCUAUAUGUAACUGAUGGUGAAAAUGAGGAGCAGCAUCAUGAUGGGAAUGAGAAUCAGACUAAGCAAUCGGAGAUUUUAGAGAAUGAGGUAGGGAAGGCUGAGGUAGGGGAUCCUGAGGAGAUCAAUAAUAAUGUUAAUUCUUAUAUUGAUGAGAAUUUGGUUACAGAAACCAUUCCCAGGGAUAGUGUCAUUGAUCAAUUGGAACCUCUUGGGGUAGAUGCCAGCCAUAUGUCUCAAGAAGAGGGCAGUGCUGAAACACCACCAUCAGAAGGUGAAUUUAAGGCCCCAAAUAGUGGGAAUAAGUUAUUUUCGGUUGAUGAUGCACCCACUGAGAUUCAGUCAGCAAACUGUGAGCAGCUACAUUUAAAACCUGCUGACAGUGAGAAUUUAGUUCCAGGUGAAGCAAAGGCUGAACUUUUGGGACAAGAAUCAGAUCCAUCAAGAGGCUCUCAUGAUGUUAACUCUUUGGAUUCAGAGGCUACUGUAUGUGAACUGCAGCAGAAUGACGAGAAAAAAGAUGCUUCAGGCUUAAUCGGAAAUUUAGAAGAAUGUCCGGAGAAGAUACAAGAUGUCCAUAAGCUGUCUGAAGGAGCAGAUGAUCAGAGUAAUUUAGAGUUGAUCGAGUCAGAGUUGGAUGUUCAAGUACUAAAAAGUACUACUAAUGUGCAAUCUGUUGAAAUCACUACUGAAUUGAUGCCAGAAGCUAAACCAAGCCUUGGAAUUUUAGCAGAGGAUAUACAAUCUGGUGAAUUACACAAGCCUGUGAUUGUUCAUGACCUGCACAUUGCUGAUGGAGAAGGAAAAGCAGAGUUUAGUAUUCAAAUGGAUGGCAGCCUAGAAUCUUCUGUGGCUUCUGUUGUAGAAAAUGUGGCAGAAGAGACUGAAUUAGUUGAUGUAAUUGACAAGAAAGUUCUUGUUGAGGAUGCGAACGUUGAAGAAGCCGGAACUGGUGAAGAAGCGACCAACCAGUUGAUACUGAAGUCUCCAGAUGAGGCAGCCUCUGACGACGAAAGCAAAGAUCAAGAUGCUUGUCAUCUUGAAAUCAGUGUUUCAGGGAACGAAGUUGCUGGUCCUGAGUGCUCUCGUGAUUCUGAAAGUUGCUUGAGAUCUGAAGAUGGUGAUACAGCUGUACCUGUUGGACCUGUUGGCAGUGACAUGGACUUACCUGUUCCUUGUGACACAGACAUUACAAGAGAACAAGGAGUUGAGUAUGGUUCGUAUGCUGGUGAUGAAUGCGUUAGCUGCUCUGCUGUUGAAUCUUCUCAGCCCAACAUGGAAAAUAGCAACCAUGUCCUUCCUUGUCCUGGUAAUGGUACCGAAUCAGUAGUGAAACCUGUAAAUGAUGAGGCUGAUAUGGUAAGCAAGAAUAGUAGGGAUUCUAUGAACAUUUUGAAACCCAAUAUCAGCUUUGGUUCCUUUGAUUGCACAGCACCCUUUUUGCAUAAUGAUCUUAUUAAUAUUCAAGCUGAUGUUUUGACUCGAUCAAAUGAAUCCACUACCACCAAAUCAGAUUUUUCUGCUGAGAUACCCAAGUUAAUUGCUGGCAAUGCAAAUGGUUUCACCUUUUCAAAGGCUGAGGCCAAUGGGGUACAUUUUAAAGAUUCCAGCCAUAAAAUAGGUGAUGGAGUUGUGAGUUCAGAGAAGAUUGAUAGGGGUGAGGUUUCAGCGUCUCCUCAGGAGGGAUCGUGGGCUGAUUCUGUUGAUGGACUAGAUGCUAAUCCUGAUUUGGUAAGAAGUCCAUUCUACUACUUGAUCAGGUUCCCAAGAUUUGAUGAUGUGAAGCUAAGUCAGCAGAUCAAACAAAAAGAGAUUGAAGUAAAUAAAAAGACACUGGAAAGAGAUGCUGUUCGUAAGGUUUAUCGGGAGAAAAAGGCUGCUUUUUGGGAAAUGAAAUCUAAUUAUGACACCUCCAAAUCUGAAGAGAGAGCUGCAUAUAACUUGAUGACUGCCAAAAAGCGGGAAAUUGACUCCUCCCAGUCUUUGAUAAACCUUGCCAAGAAUGCAGUUACAGUUGAAUAUGUUGAUGGUCAGAUACUUAAUUUGGAGCGGAAGAUACAACAUGAAACCAUGAGUUUGACAGAAGAGAAAAAACUGAUCCGUGAAAUAAAGCAAUUGAACCAACAGCGUGAACAUCUUGCUGCUAAUACUCAGAGGCAACAAGAACUCUAUCAGGCGAUGGGUCGAAGAGCUGAAACAGAGGAACGAUUAAAGGUCUUAAAGAAAGAAUUGGAUGCUCUAAAAGAUAGCUAUUCCAAAGCAUGUGAAAGUUGUAAAGCUGUAAAGAAGCCAUAUGAUGAACAAAGUGCCUUGCUAAAUAAUUUGAAAGUUGAACUCUCAUCACUUGAUGAUAUUCGACAAGAGGCAUAUAGUCAGUUACAGGACCUGAAACAGCAGGCACUUGAAAAGAACAAGCUGUUCUAUGGUUACAAGGAUGAUGCCAAAAAAGCUUAUGCUUAUGCUGAGAGUGGUAAAUUGGAAAAUCUUGAACAACAUUGUGUAAAUCAGGUGGAGAAAUUCAUGGAACUUUGGAAUAAUAAUGAGGAGUUCCGGAAGGAAUACAUCAAAUACAACAUGAAGAGUACGUUGAGGAGAUUUAGAACGCUGGAUGGUCGAUCUCUUGGCCCUGAUGAAGAGCCUCCAGCGUUGGUAAAUGUUUCUGAUUAUAGAUCAAACACCUCGGCUAAGGUCAAUAUGAUUGAGACUGUUUCCUUGGAAAGAGAUUUUCCUUUAAUUGAGAAAAAAGUGGAAGAGGAAUCUUCAAAGAAAGUCGUAGAGCAGAAGAUAAAACCCGCCCUUGCCAAAAACAAGGGUGAACCUACCACAAAAAACAGCUUAGCAGAACCAUCAGGUAAAAUUGAGCAAGAAGAGAAGAAUGAUGAGCAAAAGUUGACAAAAGAGGAAGAAGAGGCUGCCAGGAUUGCGGAGGAAAAAAAACGACAACAGGAGGCUGCCGAAUUGAGAGAAAAACGUAGAUUAGAGGAGAAAGUUAAAGCUCAAGAAGCACUGGAGAGGAAGGAAAGAAUGGCAAAGAAAGCCAAAGCGAGGGCAGAAUUUAGAGCUAAAAAGGAAGCUGAAGAAAAGAAAAAGGAGAUGGAUAAGCGGGCAAAGAAAGGAAAGAAGGGCCUUGCAUCCUCAACAUCUGAAACUGAGCCUAGUCAAUUGGCAGAACCGUCAUCACCUGGAACAAGCAGAGAAUCGGAAGUUACCGAGAAUCCACCAGCUCCAGUGGUAAAGAAGUCCCACAAACCUGCAUUAUAUACGAAGCAGGUAAAGACGAUAAAAUCGAUUCCUGCUCCCCCUGCUUCUCUUCGCAAUCGGAACAAGAGAAGAAUACCACAAUGGGCAUGGUGGUUAGUGUUAGCUAUAUUGUCUGUUAUUCUUAUAUUUCCUUUGGGGAAUUUAGAUAUCGUUGGGCUUUUCCAGACCUAUUUUUCUGAUUCAACCAGUCAGUAGAAGUAUAAACAUAAAUAUAGGUUUGAUUUUUCUUUUUCCAACUACGAUAUUCAAUUAUUGGUCAUGCGCUGGUUUCUUUUUACCUCUCUUACAUGUUAUAUUUAUACUCAACCAUAGAUUGUUUGCGGAAAUUAUGAUGGGAAUAGAUAUAUACUGCUAUAUUGUAUUAGAGUUACUUCAUAUAAUUAAUAAUAAUUCGAGUGAUUCUUGUAAUUGGUUCUUUAAUAUGGGACAGUUUAAUUUUUGUUUUUGUGAUUUAUUUGUGCAUUUGUUUUGGAUCCAUAGCCAGAAGAUUGAUGUAUGGCCAUGUUUAGAUCACUUGGAAAGAGGAUUAACUUGUUCGCGGCUUCCUUGUGUUCCUGUGUCAAUGCUGGUGCAGGUUCAUUGUCAAUUGGGUUGGGCUUAAUAGUCAUAUUCAUGAUAUGUGUGUUUGAAGCUCUUUUAAUAAAUCCCACAAAUUCUCCAAUGAGACUGCCAUACUUGUGCCAUAUCUGGCCAUCCCAUGAAUAUAUUUUUUAACCUACAAACUUUGACUCGUAAAACACCCAUGAAUAUAUAAAAUGCCCAUUUUAAGG